AUGUCUCGCUCCAAUUUCUUUUCCCAAGGAGCUCCUUUCAUCUCUCGCAACAUGUCAGGCACCAUUUCUGCGUCGGAGAUGCAGCGUUUGCAGUAUCCGUCCGACAUCCCUGAGAUCGCGGGCAAUCCAUACGGUCUCUCCGCCGAGGAAGACAUCGAUAUGUGGGCUGCUGACCCUACUAUGCCCACUGUCAACCCCUCAUGCAUCGCCACGAGCGGUGUCAACAAUUUCCAGCCAUUUUCCAACUUUGCUGGCACCAAAAUCGCAAACAGUUUCAGUCUCAGCUCGAACAAACCGCAGCUUGGCCAAAUUUCGACCAACCACCAGGUUCAGCACGGCCAAAUCACUCCCCCGUCUGACCGCUCUCCCGUUGAGACUUACAAACCCGCAGGGCUCCAUUCGAGCAUUGAGCACUCGUCUAAGGUACCUGCAAAGCGCCGUCGAGGAAGUAGCGCUCGAUCCCGAGGUGGCAGUCGAGGUGCAAGUACUCGGGCUUCGACUUCGGCAGAACCUUCGUCUCCGGGUGAUAACAAACAGGAGAAGACGAGGGCGCGCAAUCGGCUUGCAGCCAGCAAAUGCCGCCAGAAGAAAAAGGAGCAGAAUACGCAGUUGGAGAGCAGGUUCGAGUAUGAGAAAAUCAGACGUGAAGAACUCACCCGUACUGUGAGCUCGCUGCGGGACGACAUAGUGGCGGCGAAGAACCAGCUACUCGAACAUUCUGAAUGUGGUCACGAAUCCAUCAAGGCGUACAUACAAAGCAUGGCCAAAAGGAUCACCGUUCAAGACGACCAAGCUCGCUACUCAGCUGUCCCUGCACAGUAUUACGGAUGCGGCACGUCGGAUACGAAGCAAGAGCCAUGUGGGUUUGAUUUUGGUGUUUGUCCGCCAACGGCUUGA